GGGCGGGCAAAGAGAAGGAAGCGCUAGCCUGAUGGGACGACAGCGCCCCAGGCCAGGAGUCGCGCGACGCUGGCCUGUUGUGUGACGACGCCCGCGCGUGGCUCAAGGGACAGGAAAUGGCAAAGAGUAGCAGAGGAGUUGGGACUGCCCAGUAAUAUCAAAGCUAGGAAUAGCUUCCAUCCUGUGGCUGUAAUUUGACAGUCUGACACAGAUUUCUGAGGUGCUGAGCUGUAGCUAUUGCAAAACACACAGCCUAGCAACACAGGAACCCAGAACCCCAAUUCCCUGUUUCUGGGGAGGUGAUGAGUUUGCUUUCAGAUGUGCUAAUCUGUUAAUCCUCAUGGAAAUGCUCAUGGAAGACUUCACAACUUUUCUCAAGAUUCAGAGACUUCACCCUUUGAAAUUCACUUAUAGAAAACCUUCAAAAGGUGAACAUGAAAAAUCCAACUCUCUGGAUCAAGGCCAGUCUUUUCCCAGGGUUCCCAGACAAGAGCCCCUGUCAGACAUGGAGAACUUCACUCACUCGUUGUCAUUAGACCCAUUCUUGGCAAAAGCAGCAAGAGAUACGUCUCCUGAUGUGGUCAAAAGUGCUGUGAAGGACUUUGCCGAUGACUACCUCAACAGGGCUGCUAUUUUCAAUAGCAUGGAUGAAAUAGUGACUGAAGUGGCCCAUGCAGCUUUGCCAAAACUAAUCCAAGAGGCACAGCAAGAAUUGGACCAAGAGGAACUGCUGGAUGGGAUCAUCUUGUGUGUUGUUGAGGAGGAAGCCAACGCCUUAGUUCAGACUGUCCUUGAUGAAUAUCAUUCUGAAAUGUUUAAACUGCAAAAAGGAGAGGUUGCUGUGCUUGCCGCUAAACAACUUAUUGAUAUAUUUCUCCUGGAGCGUGUGAUAGGGAAGAUGAGUUUGCAGGGCCCAAGGUUUUCUGGGAAGGAGCACUCAAGCGCGAUUUUAGAUAAUUUUAUGUUCGAUAUUCUCCUUAAGCAGUUAUUUAGCAUUCAGCAGCAGCAGCGAGUUACCUCUGAAAACAUCCCCCUGGGAGAUUUCCAUCUGAAAGCUUUUACCGAGGUGGCUUUAGAUGUUAUCUUGACAGAGCUGAAUAAAGUGGUGGACGCGGACAUGGAAGAUCUGCUGGAAUAUGAAAAGAAAGCUCAGGGUAUUUAACAGAAACAGAAGAGAAGAAAAGAGCACCUGAAUAAUGAUCACGCUGUAAGGUAAUGGAGAAGGAGACCGAAAGCUGACAGCAAUGCAAACUAGCAUAGCAGAGAGAGAGAGAGAGAGAGAGAGAGAGAGAGAGAGAGAGAGAGAGAGAGAUACGGCUGCCUGCAGCACCCGCAAAUUAUCUACGAGGAAAUUUCACCCUUCUGAAGGAGCGCGAGCGAGUUCCCAAGGGCAUUGUGUUUACAUCCCCCAAAAUCAAGCUAUUAAGGCAGAGACAUUGUCAGACGCAACGACGGCAGAUAGAGAGCAUUCCAUCUCCAUCCUCUGGUUUCUUCUCAUUUGGAAACCAUUUACAAUCCAAUCCCACAGGCAGCUUAGGGUAGAAAAACACCAUAAUUUGCAGUGUGCGAUUUCAAAUUCUACAGCUGGUUUUUAUUUUUUUUAUUUUUUUUGUCAUUGUUGCUGCUGCUUGGAAGAAUAUAGAUGAGGAGAGCUCCUUGAAGAAACCCUCGUUUUUAUGCAACACUUAUGACAGCAUGGAAGCAUCAGAGCCCACGUUAAAACAGAGAGGUC